GCCAGCACUGCUUUAAUACAGAAGCCACUAGUUUCACCUGGCCUAUUUCUCUUCAGUGCUAACAUUUCAAGUAAUUAGGAAAGUUCCCAACAUUUCACAUUUUGGAUCAUUUAUCGACAAGCCCAUUUUCUGACAGGAUUCACAGGUCAUAUAUUGAAGAGGAGAAGCUGAGCUGCCCUGAAGCACGACCCUCUGAUCAUCUGAAACAUCAUGGAGUACUCUCUGGCUCAUCCGGCGGUGAAGGCCUUCAUGUGUGGUUCUCUGAGCGGGACGUGCUCCACGCUGCUCUUCCAGCCGCUGGACCUGGUGAAAACACGCCUGCAGACCCAACAAAGCGGCGUCCAGCCUGGGUCAGCCCGGGUCGGGAUGGUCACAGUGUUUGUAAAUGUGCUGCGGACGGAGAAGCUGCUCGGGCUGUGGAGAGGCGUCUCACCGUCGUUCGUGCGCUGUAUUCCAGGAGUCGGGAUCUACUUCAGCACCUAUUUCACUCUGAAGCAGCAUUUCUUCUCCAGCGGGGGCCCGGGGCCCUUGCAGGCGGUGCUGCUGGGAGCCGGGGCCAGAUGUGUGGCAGGAGUUUUCAUGCUGCCCGUCACCGUCAUCAAAACACGCUUCGAGAGUGGCCGCUACAGGUACAGCGGUGUGUUUGGAGCGCUGCGGUCGGUAUGUCGGACGGAAGGACCGAAAGCUCUGUUCUCAGGUCUGACGGCCACACUGCUCAGAGACGCUCCGUUCUCCGGCAUAUACGUCAUGAUCUACAGCCAGACCAAACACCUGCUGCCUCCAGAGAUCAGCCAGUCGUCUUACGCACCGAUGGCCAACUUCAGCUGCGGGAUUCUGGCUGGUGUUCUGGCCUCAGUUUUGACCCAGCCGGCUGAUGUGGUCAAAACUCAUGUUCAAGUGAGUCCAGACGUCUUCAGCAGGACAUCAGAUGUGGUGCGCUACAUUUACAAGGAGCAUGGUUUGGCGGGUUUUUUCCGCGGCGCGGUUCCUCGCUCUCUCCGGAGAACCAUGAUGGCGGCAAUGGCGUGGACCGUGUAUGAGCAGCUCAUGGCUCAGAUGGGGCUCAAAUCUUGAAAACCACCGCAGCACAUCAUCACACACACUGAAUGAGAUGUUUAUACUGGAUGUUCAGCGGUUUACAAGACCGUCCGGUGAGGUCCUCGCCUGGGAGGAUCAUGUGGGCGGGAAACACCGACAGCGUGAGCGCGCGAACUGCUGCGACCGGCGGGAAUCAACAGGCGGCUUUGAUUCUCUCUGUCGAAAUGAAUUGUCCUGUAACAUUGAUGCUGAGGCUUUAAAUGCACUUUAAUGUCUCCGCUGUGGUUUUAUGAGUAGCUAAAUAACACUGAUAGUAUUUAUGUAUGCGCUAUUAAAAGUGUAUUGUCUAAGGUGUUUGUUGACAGAAUUGAGAUAUUAGUCAUGUUUGCUUUGUAUUAUUAUUGUAAUAUUUGUAUGGUUGGCAGGUUAACAUGUAUUUAAAACAAAUAAAAUAAUUAAAUGAGGAA